UGCUGCUCCUGCUCGCGGCCGCGGCAUUGGCGCCGCCCCGGGCGCGCGCGCUCACCCAAGACGCCGACGUCUCUGCCAUAAACGGGCUGUACGUCUCGCUGGGAUCGCCGAAGCUUCCUGGAUGGAUUCCGAACGGCGGAGACCCCUGCGGCGAGCUUUGGCAGGGCAUCACAUGCACCGGCACAAGUAUAACCUCAAUAAAGAUGAAUGUUGCAAACUUGGGAGGGAAGCUCGGCAGCUUAGGCGGCUUCACUGCGAUCACCACCAUAGAUCUUAGUAAUAAUAACAUUGGUGGACCUAUACCAGAAGACCUACCUCUCACAUUGCAGAGCCUUUUCCUCUCCGAUAAUCAGCUCACUGGAAGCAUCCCGAUUUCAUUGUCAAAGCUUACAAGUUUAUCAGCCAUGUCACUCAAUGCCAACCAUCUGGAUGGAGAACUGCCAGAUGCUUUCGAUCCACUUGUUGGGCUUGUAAAUUUGGACAUUUCUUCUAACAACUUUUCUGGUGUGUUACCACCUUCAGUGAAAAACAUGUCAUCUUUGACUACAUUGCGCAUACAAGACAAUCAACUGUCAGGGACCCUUGACUACUUGCAGGAUCUUCCUCUGAAAGACUUGAAUGUAGAGAACAACUUGUUUUCUGGACCAGUGCCUCCAAAGCUACUGAACAUACCAACCUUCAAAAUGGAUGGUAAUCCAUUUAAUACCACUAUAGCCCCGUCAGCAUCACCACCUUCAGCAGCAGCAGGACCUUCACCAACUCCAACACCAGCAGGACCAAAACCAGCCCCAACACCAACAACAACACCUACGGGUCUAAAUCCAACACGAGCACCUCCAUCACCCCCCUCAAAAUCCCCUCCUCCUUCAAACUCUUCUGAUGGAUCAACUACUCGAGAUAGCACUUCAUCAUCUAGAAAACAUAGUUCGUCAGCCCUCAAGAUUGCUGGAUUUGUUCUUCUUGGAGUGGUGCUGUUCAUAGCUAUAGUCCUGCUGGUAAUAUUUUGCUUGUCCAAGUACCAAGAGAGGCAGUCAAGAUAUGAUGAUAACAGAAGUCAGCUUGGAAGGAUGAGCCAUAGGGUUGAACCCCAAAUUAUGCCAGCUUCAGUGAAGCCAAGGGACGAUAUUAAAAAAGGUGAGGCCCUUGACAAGAGAGGUCGCGACAUGAGUAUGGCAGCAGCAGCUCUCCCAAAGAAGCCUGAUGAAAAUCGAAAGGAACACAUAAUUAAUUUAGAUCGAACAGACUCAGAACUUUUUGCAGCUGCACCGCCACCGCCUCCACCCCCACCUCCACUACCCGCUGCUCAAAAAGUUAUUGUAAAUCCUAUUGUUCCUCCAGAAAAGAGAUAUAGCCCUCCACCAAGGACAAGUACACCAAAUUCUGCGACACCCUUCUCUGUUGCAUCCCUUCAACAAUACACAAACAGUUUCAGAGAGCAGAAUGUGAUAAGAGAGAGUAGAUUGGGAAAGGUAUACCUAGCUGAGCUUCCUGAAGGCAAGUUAAUGGAGGUUAUGAAGGUUGACAAUACUAACGGAAGAGUGUCAGUAGAUGACUUUCUAGAUUUGGUUGCACGUGUCUCAAAGAUCAAGCAUCCUAACAUCCUUGAGUUAGUUGGAUAUUGUGCUGAAUAUGGACAGCGGUUACUCGUGUAUAAUCACUUUAGUAGAAAAACACUAGACGAUGCACUUCAUGAUAGAGAGGAUAUUGACAAUACUCUAUCAUGGAAUGCUCGCCUCCAGGUCGCUCUUAGUUCAGGAAAAGCCUUACAAUAUCUCCAUGAAAGCGUCCAACCACCAGUUGUGCAUCAGAAUUUUGAACCAGAAAAUGUGCUCCUUGAUAACAAAGUAUCUGUGUGCGUUGCUGAAUGUGGAUUGGCAGAACUGAUGCCAUCAAAUUCUGUCACUCAGUUGUCAGGUCGGAUGCGUACAUUACUGAACUAUGAAGCGCCUGAACUCCAGGAAUCUAGGAUCAUCACAGAACGAGGUGAUGUUUACAGUUUUGGAGUAGUGAUGCUUGAACUUCUUACUGGGCGUAAACCAUACGAUAGUUCACGCCCACGCCAUGAGCAGCAUCUUGUUAGAUGGGCUGGUUUUCAGCUUCAUGACAUUGAAUCCCUCUCCAAGAUGGUAGACCCUUCUAUUCGUGGGCAGUGUCCUGAGAAAGCAUUGUCGCGAUUUGCUGACAUAAUUAGCCGUUGUAUCCAGAGGGAGCAAGAAUUCAGGCCACCAAUGUCUGAAAUUGUCCAGGACCUAGCUAGUAUUGUAAACGCUUCUGGUGAGGAAUCAGAGUAACAAGAAAUUCAAAUAUUACAGAUCUCAUGCGCCAAGUCGCCGCUGGGAAAUUUUUGGGGCGGAAUUUUUGUUGGCAUAAUGCAAAGCACAUCACAUGCCAUAAAUUCCUGGGAGAAGUAUAGUCAUUAAUCCUUACCAAUGUAUGAUGUAACUAUGUAAAUGAUGAAUAGGUGAUCACAUUCAUUGAAGGAAAACACUAUGCUUUCCAAAUGAAAUGUAUUAGGAAGAAUAUUGGAUAUUUAGUGGACAGAAACUGGGGUGCAGAAAACAGGAAAAAAAUAGAAAUAGGAAAUAUGCAUGAAUUAGAGGAAUUGGAUGUAAAAUGUCUAGUGCAAUAUGAAAGUCAUCUUUUGGUGAAGGGUUUUGGAGGAAUCUCAGAAGGAACAAAAUACUACAGGAAAUUUUUCUAUACAAUCAUUUGUAACAAA